UCCGUGCUCAUGCUUCUCUUUCGCCCUUUGCCAAGCCAUAGACCUGUUACACACUUGCUGAGAUGAGUACAGCGUACCCAUACAUUGUCAUUGAAAUAAUAAUCGCUAUAUUGUCUGUAGCAGGCAACAUAUUGGUGUGCUGGGCUGUCGCGAUCAACACCACUUUGAAAAACGCCACGAACUACUUUCUGGUGUCCCUGGCUGUAGCAGACAUCCUUGUGGGCUGCCUCGCCAUCCCCUUCGCCAUAACCAUCAGCAUCGGCAUCAAAUUGGACUUUUACGGAUGUCUUUUCCUCGCGUGUUUUGUGUUAGUUUUGACCCAAAGCUCAAUAUUCAGCCUACUUGCGAUUGCCAUUGAUCGAUAUUUGGCCGUCAAAAUUUCUCUUCGGUACAAUGAGUUGAUGACCGGGAAGCGUGCCAGGGUCAUCAUCGCCGUCCUAUGGAUCCUGUCCUUCGUGAUCGGCCUCAUCCCCUUCCUGGAAUGGAACAAGAAGAAGGAGUCCUGUGACUCUACCCCCCCCGGCAACCACUCCGGGGCAGGCGCCCCCUCUGGUGGCGGCCGCGGCGGCUUGCUGAGCAGCUGCGAGCUGGAGUGCCUCUUUGAGAGCGUGGUGGACAUGCACUACAUGGUCUACUUUAACUUCUUUGUGUGUGUGCUGCUGCCGCUGCUCAUCAUGCUGGGCAUCUACCUGAAGAUCUUCACCGUGGCCCGCAAGCAGAUGCGCAAGAUCGAGCUCAAGUGCGUGGGCAACGGCGACAGCCACCAGCACCACCGCACCCUGCUUCAGCGGGAGAUCCGCGCGGCCAAGUCGCUCUCCAUCAUCAUGGGGCUGUUUGCCCUGUGCUGGCUGCCCGUGCACGUGCUCAACUGCCUGAAACUGUUCUUCCCCAAACUGCAUCGCCCGCAGAUCUUGAUGUACGUGGCCAUCCUCCUGUCGCACGCCAACUCGGCCGUCAACCCCAUCAUCUACGCGUACCGCAUCCAGGACUUCCGGAACACCUUCCGCAAGAUCCUGUCUCGUCACAUCCUGUGUCGUAGGGAGGAUCUCUAUCGCAGCUCCAACGGGAACCAACGGCAUAGGGACCAGGUGCAGAGCUCCGGGGCCCCCGGUGGGGAGGGGGGCCAACGGGACGGCUCCAUCGCGUGUUGAUUCUACUGUGGUUCAAUCGUUUUGAGUUCAACUAUCUGUGAGGUUGUUGGAAAUGUUUACAGAACAAGACAGUGUGUGCUAUGUGAAGGUUGAGUGGAUUUUUUUUUGGAUAUGCCUUGAAAUGUGGACACUAAUUUAUGCAGUGGCUUUCAAGUCGGCGAAGGAAGCUGUGUGCGAAAUGUUUAGAUUUUGUUUUGUGAAGGAUUUAAAUGUAUUUUUAUUUUCAUGUUGAAGCUAACUGGAUUUGCAGGGCUGUGAAAAAACAACGGGUCCAGAAGGAUCUGCCACUUUGCGACGUUCUUAACUGCUAAUCUUCCUGCUGAGUCCCAUGUUUCCCACUGAAGAUACAACACACUCCUCUAACAUGGGCCGGGCCGGUGAAGAUGUCUUGCGUUGUGUUUUUACGUGCUCAUAUUUAGUUAUUUAUUUAUUGAAGUGUCCUAUUCUUGAGAAUAUCAAGGUUAAAACUGAGAAAUCUCAGAAACAGCAGUCAUAAAAGACGACUAGUACCGUGACUUGUAGCUACAGGCUGCCAACAGCUGUGGGUAUGGUGUUUGUAGGCCAAGUUAUCAUUCAAGACUGCCGACAGCCGACAGUGAGGGAUGACGAAGGAACAGGGUAUAUGAUAGGCUGGGAAGGAUUUGAACACCUCUUAUCCUGUGGGUUCAAUGUCAAAAAAAUACUUUUAAACAACAAACCUCAGGAAGUGGAAAACUGAUUGUGCCAUAAAGGAUAACUAUUUAGUCCACUAACGAGAUGCCAAGUGCCAGGUUUUUGGUCAGACUUUAGCGAACACUAGAAUAUCCAAAAACCGCAAUACGUAAUAGUAGUGUUACUCCAUCCCGCCCAAAGCUCAAAACGACCGAAAGCACUUCUGAUGUGUUCGCUAUGAAUGUCUCUCUGGGUUGCUGACACGCCUUAGCAACUAUGUUGACAACCCAAACACACACAUAUAUUGAAGUUUUACAAAUAAAGUCUCAUUGGCUGUCAUCCGGUCCAUUGAGAAGCUUGCAACACAUUGUGGUGGGAGUCAUUUUGCCACCUUCAUCCUGUCAAUAACAGUGAAGUUAUCAUUGAAACAAACAGAGAAGUCCCCCUUUCUCUCUGCCGCUCUCUCUCUCCCUCGCACACACAUCAGGGACCACAUUGGUUACCUAUUUGUGCAACAGGAAGAGUGCAACCUUUGUGGAACUGGCCCAAAAAGCGUGCCAACUGAAACCACUUCCUGACCCUUAAUAGUGAACUGGGUUAUUGUAAAGGCCCAGUCUUUCCCUCCACUGGGUAUUCAGGAAGGAGGGGGGGCAUACCGGGCCUUCAUUUGUACCCGCAAAUUAUUUGAAAUGGUUCAGUGAUUUUCUCUUUAUUCCCGGAAUGAAAUUACAAUUGUAAGAAAAUUAACUAAUUCGUUUUACAAGAGUUCAUGCGCUAAUUUGAACCCCACAUGCCAAUGAUUGUAAUAAAGGGAUGCCAUAGUGCAGGUUCACUUCGUAACCGGGCUUAUCUUGCGCAUCACUACUACCUUUUACAUCUAACUGCCCUAAAUGUAAAAGGUUUCAAAACAUAGAAAUCUUCAGUUUCCCCCAAGCGACCCAUUUCUUGCUUCUUUGUUCUCGUUAUGGUGUUCUUUGUUGGUGACUCACAGGAGCUUCUGGAUUUUUACUACUUGAUUGCAUCACUUCUAAAAACCCCAUUAUCAUAAACAAGGGCUAAAAACAACAAAGGCAUGUGUCGACAUUCUAGUACAUUCCAACAGAGUCGGCUAAACCGUGCAGUGUCAUGUCAGCAUCUUCUGUAAUAUCCACUAGUAAGAAACUACACCUUUCUGGCUAUCGACGGGAGUGUGGUCUCUCUUACAAUCCCAAAUUCCGACAGAGAGGAACAGGCCCAUCAACACUAACAUUCCUGCCUUUUGUGUCCAUGUGUUGCCACUUCGUCAUUCCUAGUCAGGAAGAUCCACUGAGGUCGCGCGCUGUUCUCUGAACAAAACCACAACUGUAAAACAAUACUGCUAUGUAAAAUAUACAAGCUGUAUGUAAGGUGAAUUAUCUUGUUAAUAAAGGCGAUGUUUAUAUUGUU